AUACAAUGGAUAUUUUAUUAAUAGUUAAUAAUAGGAAAGUUGAUAAAGGAAGUAUAAAAAAAAGUAUAUAUACGUAAUUAUAUCCAAAAUUAUAUAAUUAAAUAAAGCGUUAUUACAAUGAUAAUGAUUCAAAAAUAUAAAAUCGCUCCGUUUUUCCCGUAUUGAGGCUUACGUAGUGGUUAUCGUAAAGAUAAGGGCAGUGACAUUUAUUACUUCCACCUCACGUAAUAUAUAAAAUCUUCUGUUACACCAUAUAUACUAUAUUAAGACCUUUUUUUACCCUCACCCUUAAAAUAUUUUCAUAUAAAUACCCGUUCAUAUUUCCUUCAUCAUUUACAUUUUUUUUUUAUACAAGAAUAAAUAAACAGUAUCAAAUAUGAGAUCAAAAAUAGGAUAUUUAGAAAUAAUUAAUAAAUCAUCAAUUUCACAAAGAUUUCGAAAUUUUACUAGUGGAUCAAAACAACUUGAUGAUUAUUUAAAAAGUACUCAAAAACUUAAUCAAGAAAAUCUUAUAAAUUUACCAUUAUUUUUUAUUCCGUAUAAUGAAUUUGAUGAUAUAAAAUUAUUAAAAAAAGGUGGUGAAG